AUUCGAUAUUAGAUUGUAGUUGUAGCUAAUCGCACCAGGAGGUGGAUUUUUAGAUCAAGUUCUGGUAGAAGUGAACGCCCCCUGUGAGCAUUGUUCUUGUUGAUAAAGCUCUACAAAGCAGACGGUCUUCACCCUCAACAGACAAUUAAGACACAGAAGUACAACCUCACCUACCGACAACCCAACUAUGGACAACUUUCUUUGUAUCUUGCUCCUCUGGGCGGUCGCACUGUACAUCCUGUUAAUUCCGAUCGUUCGGUCCGUGACGAAGUACCGGUUUUCUUCCUACGAGGCCCCGGUCACGCCCACGGUUGGCGGGCAGUACAGCUUCAACCAAGUGGACAACUUCGACCUGGCGCAACGCCGGAAACAGGUGGUGCUCCGCGCCUACAGCGACUUGGCCGUCGCCUUUCUCCUCCUGAUCGCAACCCAAUGGCUCGCCCAGCCCGUGCGGUCCUCCGCUUUUCAGCGGCACGUGAGCCCGGCGGAGGAGAGCCACGCGAAGGAAAUUUCGACACUGGUGAUGAUUCCCACAGUUUUGACCUACAGUGUCCUGGCCAGUCUGCUGCAGAACCAGAAAAAGCUGAUCUUCUACGUGUGCGUGUUCUACGGGGUGGUCUUCGUUUUGUUCGCGACCUACUUGGUCUACCUAGACCUGCACGAGGACGGGCAGGCGCUGCUGCACGACCACACGCACUCGAAUUCCCUGCAAAAGGAGCUGCACGGGAGUAGCAACAGUCUGCGGAGCAUCCACGGGGCAGAGUCGGUCCAGAGCCACCACUUUUUCCUGUUCUCCGGCAACUGGAAGAGGUUUUGGAUGUACGUUUUGUACGCCGUGAUCGACACGAAAGCGGGCCUGGCGCUCUCCAUGGUCUGGUCGUGCGCCCACUUGCUGUUCAAAGAGCAGCAAACGAAUGCGACCACGGGCACCUCCUCCUCCUUCUGCUCCACGUUUAUGAAGGCGUCGAUUGUUUACCCGUACCUGAAUUUCUGGUGCCAGAUCGGCGGGACGCUGGGCGCCUUGGGCGGGGUCCUGACCAAAACGCUGCAGAUUCCCAUCGCGGGCACGGAGAAAAUCAUCACUGGGUCCUCGGUUCUGUACUUUUUUCUCGGGUUCGGCACUCUAUUAGUGCCCUACUUCGCGAUCCCGGCGUUCAAGGCGCUGGAGCGGGUGCAGCGGGAGGAGAGCGGGCUGACUAGGUUGUCCUCUUCCUCCAGCGAUUUUGGGCAGCCGGACGAUUUUAGGGAAGACAAGGACCAACAGAGAGGGUUUGGUGCUGGAGGAGCAUCGUCUUUAUCGCCUAUGGACCCGAAGAAAGUUUAUCCAAGUGGAAGGGCUCCGAAGAUUGAGUAUAGUUCACCCUACAACACCGGAGAGCAAAACUCUGAGCAGGAUUUGCACCUCCGAGCAAACCGGACUAAGGAGAGCAAUUACGCAAUGAACUCUUCGCCAAAAGAACAGGAGCUGCAUCACUACGGCUCUGGAUCUGCUCCAUCUUCGGGAAUAGCAGGAGAUCCCGGUGAAGACCAGGGGGAGCACGAGGGACUGCUUAGCGGAUACAACACUAGGGGAUCUCCGUAUCAGUACCAGAAUUCUAGUGCGCGGACCAUUAACCAGAAUCGGAUAGAUCUGGAGGCCGGGAUGGUGUCAAGUAGUACCUCGCUCAAUAACCAGCAUCAAACGUCGCAAUCCCGAUCCAGACCCCAUUCCCCCGACACCCUGCUUCCCCCGGCGACAAUUUCUCCUGCGGACGGUUCUUCAUCUCUCAACGCAGCAUCGUCACCCAAGAGGACUUUCCGCCAAGCGUGCUACGAGACAUGGAAGCAGUCUACGGAGGGCCUGCACGUGCUCCUGACCAACCGCUACGUCUUCCUCAUCUGGAUUUGUUCCAGUGGGCACUUGGCGAUCCGCACGCUGUUGGAAUUGCAGGGAUCUGUCCUGGUUUCCUACGUCCACCAAUACCCCGCAGAUGACGGGUUGUCCCUCAAAGGCCCAAAUCCGAAGAAGGUCGGCGACAAUCGGACGAAAUUGAUUUCCGCGAUGCUGUUACUCAACGGGGUUCUGUCCGCGGCGGUGUCCUUUUGCGGCACUUCGGCUUUGGUGAAGGAGUACGGCAUCGCGAAAAUUCUUCGGGUCAACCCGAUCUGCUGCUUCGCCAUGCUGGGUGUGUUCUGCUCCUUCGCCAUGCUCAGCGAGCGACAGGGCUUCGUGACCGUCAACGAGACUUUGCGGCUGACCCGACCGCAGGUGGAGUGGAACGACAAUGUGGUGUUGACGAGGUUUCACGACCAUACACGACAUGAAGAUAGCCAAAAUGAUCACUGGCACGACGACGAAGAAGACGAAGCCUCCCAGCACGACGCUUUCCAGGAAGCCCGCGCUCUCGCCGUGGACCCGCCGGCCUCCCAGGUGCACGAACUGACUGCCGACGGGAUUAUCCAUUUGCAGGGAUGCGGCAGCUCGUCAGUCUCGGAUCUGCAGAGAUUAAUACAACUCGCGGCGCAGAAAGCGCAGCGGGAGGAUGCGGAGAGAAGAUGGGGAGGACGACCUACAGGAGACUCCACGUCUUCAACGAAAGAGAUCAUGAACAGCAGAUAUCUUCAUCGCAACAAGCGCUUUCUUGCUGCGUUUAGUUGGCGGGACCCGGCAACAAACGACCUGACGAACUUCUUCCAGUUGAAGCAGUGUCACAGCGCAGACUACGUAGAGAGCGAGCUGGCGAAAAGGGAGAUCAUGGACCCGCGCGGUGGCGGUCUGGUAGCGGCGGCGAAAUUGUCGUCUUCUUCCCCCCUGUUAGCCGAGGAACUCGGGGAAGAGGAGCUCUCCGCCCUGGAUCAAGAGCAACAGCGGCUGCAAGCGGCACCGGUGACGCAAGACCUGUCUUCGUGUCGCAAGCUUUGCGCGGACCGGUUUCCGCUCUGCAACCACGUGUCGUUGAAUAUGGCGCUCUCAAACGUUACAUUCUCAACUGUUACGUGAUUUGUCAUAAAAAUUUACAAUCAGAGUCGACACGAUCAAGGUGCUUCGCAUGGCAAAUUCUUGAAAUGCCAAACAGGCUGACAAUCUGCGCCAACUCUGUCAUGCAAGGCGCGCAAAGUCACCUCGUUCACUUUUUCCAUUCUUGCAUCACAAAUUUAUGUGGAAAGGUGCCCUAUGGGUUGCGUUUGUGGUUUCGGUUGGUUUAGCAUCACAAAUUUAUGUAACACUUGAGAAUGUAACAGUUGAAAACGCCAUAUUGAAUCGCGAGACGAGGUUGUGCCGCUUUUUCCACGUGAAUGAUGACGAGGAGGAAACAAUAACAAGUAGUGCCAUAGGACAGUAUCAUCAGGCGUCACCAGCAAGCACCACUCCAGCCUUUGGGGACACUGAUUCCGCCACAGCAACUGCUGCUCUCCUGCGGAGUCACCAGCGUUGCCAGGCGGUGAAAAAUCGACACAUGGAAACGACGGGGCAGUCCUCUGUAAACGACGAGAAGCACCAAUUUUACGAGAUGCGGCCGAAAUGUGGGUUCCGUGACAUGGUCCGGGACGCGGAGCUCGGCGGUGCCGCCGGGGUAAUAUUAGUGAACCCUGGGACAAGAAGACGAGUGGAAAAGAUCGCGACUGGUGCUGGGACAUCGAGAACAAAUUCUGCUGUUCUUGACGGUCAAAGUCCAGAAACAGGUUCGGAAAUCGACGCACCCUCGAUUCUGACGCUGUUCGUUUCCGAAGGGGAGUACGAGCAGCACUUCAAACAGCACGAAGUUCUUUCGUCAGGGACCACUAGCGGUAGUGGGAGCUCAGUAGGAUUGUCAAGAGGUCUAGCUUCAACAUCGUCCGGCACUGGCAGCAACAUGCUGCAGCCAAACACCGGGCCGCGCGCAGAUCUGUUAACCACGGAUUACCAGCAAUUGCAGAGCUACAACUCACCUGGAUCGUAUCAUGGUUCUGGUUCUGGUGCUUUCAAUACCCCUAAAAGCGCAAGGGCCUACCGAGAUCGUGGCACGGGCCCAAUGACAGCGUUUAUGGAGAUAGGGCAUGAGGAGCAGCAAGGAAAUCAUAACUACCUGCACAGGUGGUCAGCAUCUUCCGAGAAUGGCGGGGAAACGGAUCUGGCUUCCGCAGCGCGCGAUUUUCAAGAGGCACCACCACGGAUUGUAGCAAAUCUCGCGGAAUCACAAGCACCGCCCUCGUCCUUCAUGUCCUUGAUGACAGCGCUGCAGACAACCACCGGACUAGAUUUUUCCAAAACUACUGGCAGCCUUGAACAGGACCACGAGCUCAAUGAAAUCUCCGACCCCCCACGAAUCCGCAUCACGCGCACCCCCGGCCGACACUACUUGACCAACGCCCUCUCCACCCAUUUCGGCCUGAACUCUUCCCCCUGGCUAUCGUACUACGCGCUCUUCGUGAUUUGCUCGCUGUGCUCCAUUGUAAUGAACGUGUUUGUUUUCGCGAUCAACAAUCCGAUGGUAGAGGUCUUGUACCUGCAAACCUCCAAGGUCGCAAAGGUGAAGGCGAAAUCCUGGAUCAGCGCGUUCGGCUCGAACCUGAUUCGCGCCCUGGGAAACCGGGUCAACACGGUCUGCAACUCGCCGAUAUUUGACCCCUUCUCCUCGGUUUUCUUCUCGUCGAUCUGGUUCCUCGGCUGGUUCGCCGCCUGCACGGAGUGCGGACAUCUACACAAUCACCAGCAGGUGCUGGGUGGUAGCGCUGGAAUUGGGACGAAAAUGACGGGGGG